AUGCAGACAUUGGGGGAAUUCAAGCUGCCCCAUUUCUUCAACUACCCACCAUAUUUCACUUUGCAGCCAGUUAGAGAAACGAGAGAGAAGCAGAUACAGCUCUGGAAGGAGCUCAUACUUGAUUACUCUCGGACUCAAAAAGUUUAUGUUGUCGGAAUCGAUGAAGAUUUCCCAUUGUUCAUCAAUCCAGUGAUUGAAAGGUCUCUAAGUCAUGAAGCUAGGGAGGCAUUUAUGUCAGCCUUAGUUGCUGAAGGACGUGCAGAAUGGUUGGAUAAGAGUCACAGAAAAUGUCUAAUCCUUUGGCAUCGGAUACAAGAUUGGGCUGACAUGAUAAUACGUUUUGUUCAAGAUAAUGGGCUUGAGGAUAGUGUUAUGACAGUUGAGGAAAUACGUUCAGGGGUCGAGUCUCGGGGGACAGAGCUUCAUGGGGUGGACCGUACAAUACUGAUGCGAGCCUUGAAACACCUAGAACACAAAGGGAAGCUUGCAAUCUUCAAAGGGACUUCAUCUGAUGAUGAAGGAAUUAAAUUUUCAAUUUAG